GCAACCGCAACCUCCCUCUCCUCCUCCCCCGCAUUCAUCUCCGCCACCGACAGACAAUGCACCACCGGGAACAUCUCCUGCUGCAACCCGACCAACAGCGAACAAACCGACGGCAUCCUGAACGACCUCCUCGGCCGCGGUCUCGUCAAGACUCUUGUCGAUAAUGAGGGUUCGGCCUGUGCUUCGGCGGAUGUUAUUGAUGAGUUGGGGCUUUUGUCUCUGAUCAAAGAUACCGAUAAGGGCCCCGUGUGUCAGAAUAUCAUCGCUUGUUGUCCUGGGGAGGGGUCGACU